UGGAGGGGUAUUUUUGCCAGAGGAGUUUCAGCACUCGCUUUGAGCUCUCUUUCUUUCAUAGUCGUUUUUUCCUGAUUUGAAAAGUAGAUGUUUAAGAAGCAGAAUUCUCCAUUUUUUCUCAACUGUUCUUCGAAUUGUUAUAAAACAAUUUUGACACAACCCAGAAAGAAAAACUGAAAAUUCUAAACAAAGCUAGCUGGUGGUGGUUAAGGAGCUUUUAGAAAUGCAAGACACCCACUCAAUUGGAGGAGGAGGCAGGUUAUUUAGCGGUGGAGGUGGAGGUGGAGGUGGAGGUGACAGGAAACUACGGUCACACCACCACCAGAACCAACAAGCAUUAAAGUGCCCACGAUGUGACUCGCUGAACACAAAAUUCUGUUACUACAACAAUUACAACCUCUCUCAACCUCGUCACUUCUGUAAGAGUUGCCGGCGUUACUGGACUAAAGGGGGUGUCCUCCGCAACGUUCCUGUUGGUGGUGGAUGCCGCAAGACCAAGCGGUCUAGGCCUAAACAAAAUACACCAAUUACAACUUGUGAUACAAUUACGGCCUCCAGUACCACACCGCAGGAGCUACAGGAACAACAUCAGCAGCGAGAUCAUAAAUCCUCCGACUCUCAUUCUAGUAGUGAGAGCUCAAGUCUUACUGCUACAAAUAACACGAAUGCAAAUACUACAGCGGAAGCAGUGUCUGCGCUCUCUGUAAGCUCUGUUGUCUCCAAUAAUUUAUUAAAUGGUAUUGUUGAAUCCAAAAUCUUUCCGCAUGGGAAUGUGAAUCCGAGUCUUGAACCUUCUUUGCUCGAGCAAGGAUCGGACUGUGGGAUUUUUUCUGAGAUUGGGAGUUUUACAAGCUUGAUCACAUCGACGAAUGACUUGUUUGGAUUUAGUAACAUGAUGAACCAACACCAGCCCCCGCACCAGCAACAGGGGCUCGAGCAUCAUGUCCAACAUAAUCAGAACCAGCAGCAGUGGCAAAAUCAUCAACAGCAGGAGAUGACAGGAGGAGGGGGGUUGCUUGAUCAGACGGUUCACGUUGAGUUAUCAGCUUUGCCUAGUAGUAGAUCAACAAAGAAUGAUGAUGGGGAAUUUGGAGCGUUGGACUGGCAAUUAGGGAGUGGAGACCAAGCUACUAGUUUGUUUGAUCUUCCUAAUGCCGUCGAUCAAGCUUACUGGAGUCAGAGCCAAUGGAAUGAUCAAGAUCACCCUAGUCUCUACAUCCCGUAAAUCUCCUUGCUUUUUUUAACUUCAAAUUACAGAAGAAUUAAAAAAACAAAUCUCUCAAAAAGGAAAUGGAAAAUAUAAGUCUGAGAGACUAUGGAAAUUGGAAAAUAUGAAAUGACUGCUUUCCUUUUAUGUAAAUUUUUUUAUAUCAAUCUUCUUUUUAUUUUUCUGGGGUAUAUCUGGUGAUUUUGAGGUACUUGGGUUUGAUAUAAAACCCAAGUAACUUUUAUGUUAGUUAUUUUCCUUUUUUUUUUCCUUCUUGGAAGGUUUUUAUUUCUGAUGUAUCUAAUGAGAUUAAAUCAAAUCAAGAUAUAGAGAAGAUAGAGUGUUUUUUGAGUUAAUUUACAUGUAUUUUAAUUAAUUUCAUGGAUUUUAUUAUUUAAUAAUUUUUAAAAUUAAUAAUUAUAUAAAUAUUAAAUGAUUUUUAUAUACUCCAACUUAAAACUAUAUAAAAAAAUUUAGUCUCAUUUUCUCUUUUAAUAAUGGUUUCGAUAAAUGAUGGAGUAAUUACAUGGGAGAUUAAUUUGAUUUUUUAUGUGCAUUGGUUGUGUACGGAUUCAAGUGUGGGACACUGGUUGUGUACGGAUUCAAGUGUGGUAGGGCAACAGUCUUCUAUGUUUUUUUAUUUUAUUGUUUUUUAAAAAUACUUUUUAUUUAAAAAUAUAUUAAAAUAAUAUUUUUUUAUUUUUUUAAAAUUUUUUUUAAUAUUAAUAUAUAUAUAAUUUAAAAUAAAAAAAAUUUAAAUAUUUUUUAAAAAUACUUUAAAAAUAAAUAAAUAAAUAUGAUGGUGGGGUUCACGGGAUUAGUGACCAGUCCCAGGCGUGAUCAUGACUCCACGUGGUGGCGGUGGUGUCGACUGGAAAUGGACGUGGACUCACCUGGUUGGAUGACACAUCUACUGAGAGAUGGAUAGUCGGUUUGUCCUGGCUCUCUGUCUCUUUCUACAUUCAACAACACAUCAAUAGACUUCUUAACAGGGUAGAAAAAAUGGCGAUGAGGUCAUGCUUAUAUGGGACCAGGAGGUGGUGGGGGCGGGGGUCACUAAGUGGGGACAUUUUGGGGGCAUUUGCAGAAGUGGGCUACCAUACGAGUCACACGCAUUUGGUGGUGUGUGUGUAGAUGCCUUCUAAUCUUGGGAGUUGUGACAGAUAGAUACUGUGUUUUUGGAGGUUUUUUUCUCUCUUGAAAAUAUAGUUGAGAAAAAAAUUCGGAGAUCACAGUUUAAUUGGUUAUAAUACAUUAACGUAAUCAAUCAAUUAAAACUUAACAGUUUGAUCA